GCAGAGUGGGGCUGUCUACUCAAAACACUCCAAAUUAAGCGGUAGAGAGAGAGAGAGAGGGGUUUCUGUUAGAAACACUUCUCCUGUUUCUAGUUUUUCACAACAGUGCAAACUGCUUUCUUCUUCCCUUCAAUAUCUGUCAAACUUUCUUCUCAUUUUUAGUCCCUUCCUCCAUCUUUUCCUCUUUAUCGGAUUCAGUCCACGAAGAUGACUUCAUAACAGUUCCCACAACUGAAACAUGUGUCAGAAGAACACAACAGAAAAUGAAAUGAAGUAUGUUUUAUUAUAUGCAUCAACUCUCGUCAUCAUCAUCAUCUUUCUCUCCUUGAUCCUUUUGGUGCUUCUAUGGAAAUGGUUUUUACAGCAACAACAUCUGUAUCUUCUUCACAAGAAAGCAGUUUUUGUAAGAGCUCUACAGAGAUGGAAUAUGGAAGGGCAAGUUGGGGUUUUCAACAAACCCACAACAACAGUUCUGAUGACUGUAGUGAUGGGUUUGGAGAGAACAAUGAAACUAUUGAUCUAAAUGAGAGCUUGAAUGAAGAAGAGAUGAUCAAAGAUGGGAUAAAUGGAGAGAGUGUUGGGAAGGAAAGAGAAAAUGGUGGGCAGUCAAAGUUGUGUGGAAGAGGGCAUUGGAGGCCUGCAGAGGAUACAAAGCUCAAGGAACUUGUAGCUGUCUAUGGUCCUCAGAAUUGGAAUGUUAUUGCAGAGAAGUUGGAAGGAAGGUCAGGCAAGAGCUGUAGGUUGAGAUGGUUCAACCAGUUGGACCCAAGAAUCAACAGGAAAGCUUUCAAUGAAGAAGAAGAAGAGAGGCUAAUGUCUGCUCAUAGACUAUAUGGAAACAAGUGGGCAAUGAUUGCUAGGCUCUUGCCUGGUAGAACUGACAAUGCAGUGAAGAACCAUUGGCAUGUAAUAAUGGCUAGAAAAUAUAGAGAACAGUCCAGUGCUUAUAGGAGGAGGAAGAUAGCUCAAUCUGUUCACACAAGAUUGGAGGGAGAAGAUCCAAGCAUUGUGUACAGAGUCACAGAACCACCAUCACAACCAUACCGUGUCAAUCUUUGCAGCAGCAAUGUCUCUCUUCCUCGCAAUGGGUUUUGUGCACUGCAAACACCCGAUUUCCACUCUGGUCCUAAUAGCCAUGAGAAGGUGGACAUUUUCAACCAGAAUAGGGCUUGGGAAAGGUCAGUGGAUGAUAAAGAAGCAAAAGUCGCUUACUUCUAUCCCCACCACCAACCUCCAUUGAUGAUGACUGCGAUGCAACAGUCACUUUACCACCACUACUCUUCUUCUUCUCACUGCUCAGUCACUGAACCUUUAUCAUCACCACUUACAGAUGAAGAGUACAGAAGAGAAACCAACCAUCUUGAGACUGUUGUUGAACCAACAUUCAUAGACUUUCUUGGUGUAGGGACCACAUGAAAUUUAAUUGCAUGUCCUAAAAGCUGAUGGGUUUUUCCAGAAUCAGCAGAGAAAACUGUUUUCCAAGAAAAUAUCAGAGGCCAUUUUUAACAGCAAAAUAUCAAGCAUAAAAGCCUUUCUCAAGUCAUUUCCCUCUUAGUCGUACCAUCUUUUUCUUGUUAUACAAAUAAGUGUCAAUCAACUUUCUCUAUUUAUUCUCUCUAUUAUUAUUUUUUAUUGCACUAUUAGGAUUUAAAAGUGAGAACAAGGACUCUACCCAAAAACAGGUAAGUGAAUACCAAAAGGAUCAAACAAAAUGGAACUCGUGUACAUAAAAAUAAAAAAUAAAAAAAUUAAUAUGGUAUGGAACUCUUGGCUUAGGAAGUAUUCUAAAAUUGUUCCCUUGUUCCAGUUUGUUCACAGUAGUUAGAUUAUGCA